UUAAUUUGACGUCGCCAAUUUGGUAUUUCAUGAAUGUGCAGUUGCAGCCACACUACCACUCAAUGAAAAAGUCGAAAAUAUUGUGUGGGCUAUAAAAAAAAGUCUUCAAUUGGGGAAACCGUGUGUUGCAUAUAGCUACCAAUGCUAGCACGUUAAGGACACGGCCAAGGAUCCGCUCAUUGCAAGGAUUAAAUGUAGUGAAACAGAGUGGAAAACCAAAUACGAGAGCCACCAACAACACAGGGGCAGAGGCAGAGAGGAAGCAGAAUAGCAGCAGAGGGGCAGGCAGAGCAGCGGCAGAGCAGAAAAGAUGGCGACGAGAGGAACGCAGCAAAAGAUUUUCCCGUCGCUGUUUUCCAAGCUGCACGGAGCCAUCUCGGAGGCCUGUGUCUCCCAGCGCUUGUCCACCGAUAAGAAGACCCUCGAGAAGACGUGGAAGCUGAUGGACAAGGUGGUCAAGCUGUGCCAGCAGCCGAAGAUGAACCUCAAGAACAGUCCCCCCUUCAUCCUGGACAUUCUGCCGGAUACGUAUCAGCGGUUGAGGUUGAUCUACUCCAAGAACGAGGACCAGAUGCACUUGCUCCAUGCCAAUGAGCACUUCAACGUCUUCAUCAAUAAUCUGAUGCGGAAAUGCAAGCAGGCCAUCAAACUGUUCAAGGAGGGCAAGGAGAAGAUGUUUGACGAGAACUCGCACUAUCGGAGGAACCUCACCAAGCUCAGCCUGGUCUUCUCGCACAUGCUCAGUGAACUGAAGGCCAUUUUUCCGAAUGGCGUCUUUGCGGGCGAUCAGUUUCGGAUUACAAAGGCGGACGCGGCAGACUUCUGGAAGAGCAACUUUGGUAACAGCACUCUGGUUCCAUGGAAAAUCUUUCGCCAGGAAUUAAACAAAGUUCAUCCAAUAUCGUCUGGCUUGGAGGCUAUGGCAUUGAAGACCACUAUCGACCUGACCUGCAACGAUUUUAUCUCAAAUUUCGAAUUCGACGUAUUCACACGACUCUUCCAGCCCUGGGUGACGCUAUUGCGAAACUGGCAGAUCCUUGCCGUAACCCAUCCGGGCUAUGUGGCCUUUCUCACUUACGACGAGGUGAAGGCGCGACUCCAGCGCUACAUACUCAAGGCCGGCAGCUACGUCUUCCGGCUCUCCUGCACACGACUCGGCCAGUGGGCCAUCGGCUAUGUCACCGCAGAGGGUGAGAUCCUGCAGACAAUCCCACAAAACAAAUCGCUAUGCCAAGCCCUACUCGAUGGCCAUCGCGAGGGCUUCUACUUGUAUCCAGAUGGCCAAGCCAUUAAUCCGGAUCUAUCGUCAGCUGUUCACAGUCCUACUGAGGACCAUAUAACUGUAACACAAGAGCAAUACGAACUAUACUGUGAAAUGGGCAGCACCUUUCAGCUGUGCAAAAUCUGUGCGGAGAACGACAAGGAUAUCCGUAUUGAGCCUUGCGGCCAUUUGUUGUGCACGCCUUGCCUCACCUCUUGGCAGGUGGACUCCGAGGGACAAGGAUGUCCUUUUUGCCGCGCCGAGAUCAAGGGCACGGAACAGAUUAUUGUGGAUGCGUUCGAUCCGCGAAAGCAACACAACAGAAAUGUCACCAAUGGGCGACAGCAGCAGCAGGACGAUGAUGACACAGAGGAUAUGGGCGACUUCAACAUAGCCACCUCAUCGCUGCACGCUCUGAGCACGUCCUCGACGGCGGCGGCCGAGAAGCAUAGUCCUCACACAUCCCCGAGGCUGGGCCGGCGCAGCACCACGCCCAGCCUGAUGGCGGUGCAGAACGAUCUCUAUGCGGGCGGCACGCCUACCCUCAGUCUGCUCAGCAGCUCCUCCGCCUCCGUUGCCACCGCCUCCUCCUCCAGUUCUUCCUCGGCCGCGGCUGGAUCACCGGCCAUCUCCUCUUCCACCUCCUCCUCUUCCCAGAAUCAGCCCCAACCCUCGGCUCCACCAGCAUCCGCUGUUCUGAGCAACGGAGCCAGCGCUAGUCAGAAGACCACCAACCGGAUGAGUGCUCCGCUGAUUGGUUCUUGUGUGGCCAACUCCACCUAUGGCCAGAAGAUGACACAGAACUCCACCAGCAGCAGCUCCAGCGACAAUGCCUCUAGCUCCAGUUCGUACGCCAUAUUGCAGAACCUCCAGGAAUCGGGCGGAGGACCACCUGCAGCGGGUGCAGUUGUAGCUCCGCCCUUGCCUCCCAGGAAAUCGUCUCCUGGCGGCGAGACGCCCAGCAAGGCCACCGCUCCCCCGCCGCCAACUAGCAGCAAGAGCAUCGACAACAUCCAGUGCAGCUUGGACAAUGUUCCACCCCAAACUACGGCGCCACCGAUACCCCCCCACGUGUCACCCAGUGUGGAUACUCUGGCCGAAGAUCUGAUGCGACAGCAGCGCAUAGCCACGAGCACCACAUCCCCUGUACUGUCGCUGUUGGAUGAGGACAUAGUCGAGGUAGGGCCAGCGGAAACUAUCAGCGGGGUAAUCGAUACCCGUCCGUUGGAGGCACGUGGAGUGACCCUGACGCGCCAGGACUCUGGCUCAUCCCACUACACACAGCUCUGCACCACCAGCAGUGGCGUGGCCAACGGAAAAAAGGCCACUCCGCCGUCAAAGGUCACCCAAGCGCCCACCACCACAGCUACAACUACGGCGACGUCGGUGGGCAAUCCUUCCCAGCAACAACAUCAACCGCUGCUCUACGCGAAUGUGACGAUCAACCAAAAAGACUGCGGCACCGUGCCCUACGAGAACAUCAACCUGGAGUACAUAGCUCGGCUGAUGAACGCGGGGUACUCCAAGGAGAAUGCGAUCACCGCACUGGGAAUAUCGCGGAACAACAUCGAAAUGGCCGGCGACAUCCUGCGCGAGUUUGUCUCCAAGAACAGUGCAUAAGGUGCUCUGCCGGCGAAUUGUUAAGUUGGGCAGUAGAUCAUAAUCCUGAUUGUCCUGACAAAAAUUGCUAAUAGUCGAGCACCUCCAACCUCCAACUCAAAUAUUAAUUAUGAUUACGGAAAUUAGAUUAGAUUUAUAUUUAUUUUACAAAUUAAAUCAAUAUAGUAAGCUAUUAUCUGGCAAAAGUAAUAGUUUAGUUCAUUAGGUAUUUAUUGUUCUUCUUAAAAAUCGUAAAAUAUUUUUGUUGAAAAGUAAAUUCCAAAUAAGGAUAAAGAGUUAGUGGUUUAGUUGGAGUUGAGUUGGAGUGCUUCGACUGCAAUUAUAAGAAAGAAACAAAUAAAAUUCGCAAUGCUCUCUCAAUUCAUGGUAAAUAUUCUUCGCUUAUGGAGCACCAUACACACACAGACUCACCUGCCCCCAUAGUUACGCUAAGUUAUGAUAAAAAAUAUAAUAAUUUAAAUCCCUAAGAACUCCCCACUUGGCGUAGCCAGCACAAGGAAUUCAAGUUUCCCCCGCCCCCCCAGUUCAAAAAGAAAGUUAUUAUAAAGAAAGUAAAGAUUUUUGAAAAGAAAACUAAAUAAUGAUGCACACACCUCUUGGAUAUCAAAUAUAGCUAUGUACACUUAUAUUAAGACUAUCUAACUUCUUCCUAUUAAGAAACGAACACAUUUAUGAAAUUGUAACUCGUAUAUACGCGGUUCUGGAAAGAAAAACUUGCCCACCCCAAUACACAGAACAAAAAAAACCCUAAAAUUUUCUCUCUUUCUCGUAUAGUAUACUAAAAACCAAAAAAUUAAAAAAAGAAAAGAAAAGACAUGGUAUCUAGAUUCUAGACCCGAUCAAAAACGCUUUCGUUCAUCACAUAAUAUAUGCUCCAUCUAUAAGUAGUGCCACCCGUAUUGAAAUUGAAUUCAAGUGAUCGAAUUGAAUUGGUGCAUCAUCUUAGGAUAUCAGAAUCAAACACAGCCAUAAACGGAUAUGCCUUCGGGGCUAGCAGCCUCCAAAAAAAAAAUAAAACCACAACCCUGAGUUUCCCCCGAAAACACCAAAUGAUAAAAGCAAAUAAAGGACACACCCAACCAAUCCGAUGCACUAUCAAGUUUACCUCGAUUUUUUAUACAAUGCUCGAAAGUUUUUGAAAUAAUAAUUAUAAGUCGAAAUUGAAUUUGAAUCAAUUAAUCUCCCAGACAAACUAAAUGAAAAGCAACAAAAUAUUAUUAAUAUUCAUAAUUGACUUUAUAUUACGAUUCCCAUUUUUACAGGCUUUUUAAGAUAACAAAACACGAUCGAUCGGUUUUUUAAAUUCGUCAAAAGAGUUCUAGUCCCCAAAAAAAAAUAAAAAACACACGAAACGAACAUACUCGUAUAUCUACUAAUCCUAAGCGAUAUAUAAAUAUGUAUUCAUAGGCGAUGUAAGCGUACAACAACCAGACUCGAAUCGAAUCGGAUCGAAAUCAAUGCAAUAUAUUCACUAAAUGAGAAAUCAAUGCAAAUGUUAAAUCAUAAGUAACUUGUCAUAACCUCAACACAACCGAUUAUAUAUUAUAUAUUAAUAUAUAAACGAAAGAAUGACGAAGAAAGAGUUUUGAAUUUUAAGCAGCGUAAGAGACAAGAACAAAUAUCGUAACUUUAAAAAUAUUUAAAGUUUACAAAAAAACCCCGAGUUGAAAAAGUCAAUAAACUGUCGAAGAGUUUUACGAGAGGCGUUGAACGAGAAGCAAAAAAAAACAAUGAUGAUACCAUACCAUAGUCAUGUCAUGUAACCAAACGAAUCUAAGCAGAUAUAAAUUAUUCUUAUAAAUAAAAACAAAAAUAAAAUCAAAA